CAUACAACAGGAAAAAAUUACUUAGGUACAAGUUUUCAAGCAAUGGGAGGAGAAAAGUCUCGACCUGUAAACCCUCCAAAGAUUUUAAGUGAGGAAUGGAGGAAAAUGAAGUGGAAUGGCAAAAACAAUGAUCUCCAGUACAUAAAAAAUUACAAGCCUCAUAACUCUGAGCUCCAGCACCUCAGAAUUCUUCUUCAUGGACCCGUUGGUGCCGGCAAGUCCAGCUUCAUCAACUCAGUUGACACUCUUUUACAAGGCAGAAUGACCUCAAGAGCUUUGGCAGAUGCAACUUCUGCAGCGAGCUUCACUAAAACAUACAGAACUUUCAAAAUCCAAAAAGGAGGACCAGAAGUUUUUUAUCCUUUUGCCUUCACUGACAUCAUGGGCCUUGAGAAGACCAUGAGCCAUCCCAACGAGAAGCACAGAGGAGUUAAGGUGGAAGACAUCAUACUGGCCAUGAAGGGGCACGUGAAGGAUGGUUACAAGUUCAAUCCUGAAUCUUCGUUAUCUGAACAUGAUCAUGACUACAACAUAGUGCCCACUCUAAAUGACAAAGUUCAUGUUUUAUUGUCUGUGAUCGAUGCCAGCAAAAUGGAACCUCUGUGUGAUGAUAUAAUAAAACAGAUGAGGACUAUCAGACUUGCAGCCAGUGCCAUGGGAAUUCCCCAAAUGGCAAUUCUCACCAAAAUUGAUGAAGCCUGUCCAGUAGUCAAAGGAAAUAUGAGAAAUGUGUAUAAGAGCUCCCGUUUGAAGGAACAGAUGGAGAAAGUGAGUGUGUAUCUGGGUAUUCCACUGUACUGCAUCUUUCCUGUCAAGAACUACCACUCUGAGACCCAAACAGAUGAUGACGUCGACGCACUGAUACUGGCUGCUCUGAAGCAGAUGAUCGACUUUGGAGAGGACUACGUCAACAACCUGCAGACCUGCUGAACCUUGUUUAUUGUUGUGUUAAAAUGACUUUUGGGUCUGAACAGGAAUGUCAGAGUAAUUCUUUGCAUGCUGAUUUUCAUUUCCUUGGCUAAAGCAUUUACUCUUAGAUUAGAA